CAUCACGUAACGUCGGGAGUGCCCUGAUGGUGUUGCAGACCGCGAUGGUUCUGAGUACCGAGUGGGCGCAGGUGGAAGUCGUCGACCUGACCAACGACGGUAACGGCUUGGGAUUCAACCUUGUCGGUGGACGCAGUACCGGAGUCGUGAUCAAAUACGUACUUCCUGGCGGCGUAGCAGACAAGGACGGCAGGUUACAGAGCGGCGACCACGUCCUGCAGGUGGGUUCUGUGAACCUGCGCGGCUUCACGUCAGAACAGGUGGCGUCAGUACUGCGGCAGGCAGGCCCCGCUGUGCGGCUGCUGGUAGCGCGCCCCGCUGAUCCCGCGGCUGCCCUACGACCACCUCUCCCCGGCACGGCCCUUGUGCCCACUAAACUUCUAGCAGACCCAGAACUACUUGACAGGCACCUCAUUGAAAGCGGCUACGGAGCUGUCUAUGACUUAUCCCAGUGUUACAAUGAAGAAUACAUCAAUGGUCAGAAUGGCGAUACUGAUAACUAUGUAGCUGCAGCUGUCAGCAUAAUCGGUGAAAAUCCUCAGCAGAUCCCUGACCAUCCCAUAGUUGCAGAGUCAGUUUCUCCAACUAUCACUAUUACAGUACCGCUAGAAAUACCUGACCGGCCUGAAGUAGAAGUCAUUCACGUAGAUUUGAAUAAAAAUGUGUAUGGUUUAGGGAUCACAGUAGCUGGUUAUGUUUGUGAGAAAGAGGAACUCUCUGGGAUAUUUGUGAAAAGCAUUAUAGAAGGCAGCAGUGCUGAACAGAGUGGUAAAAUUAAGAUAAAUGAUAGAAUAAUUGAAGUGGAUGGGAUAUCUUUAGCUGAAAAAAGUAAUCCGCAAGCUGUUGAGAUAUUGAGAAACACGGACAUUUCUGUCCAUUUAGUGUUAGAGAGGUAUUUAAGAGGUCCAAAGUUUGAACAGCUGCAGCUUGCGAUAUUCAAUGAGGAACGGCCGUCAUCGCCAACUUCGUCAACUACAACCCUUUCCUGGUUCCCAGUGCCUUCCCAAGCUGAUAAUAGUACUACGGAGAUAGAACCUGAGCCUGAGUCUAAUACUACCAUUGAUUCUGGUGUCCUUGAAGUUGGUGAUAAUGAUGUGAAUGAACCCACUCAAGAGGAGUUAGACAAGAGACUUGAUGAAAUUUUGGCUGUUGAUGAGGAGGAAUUAAAGAAACGGUGGGAUAGUGAAGUUGGUCCUGAUAAACAGAUAAUAGUUGCUGAAGUCCGAAAACUAGAAGGCCUUGGCAUCAGUCUUGAAGGCACAGUUGAUGUUGAAGGUGGACAAGAGUUGAGACCACAUCACUAUAUCAGAUCAGUACUUCCAGACGGCCCAGUGGGGCGGCAAGGGACCUUGAUUGCUGGAGAUGAAUUGUUAGAAGCUAACGAGUAUAGGUUACAUGGACUAACUCACACUGAAGUGGUGACGAUUUUGAAGCAUCUUCCAAACCGUGUUAGGCUAGUGUGUGCACGCAGCAACAGUGAGAGUGGACCUCGACCUGUUAUUAACUUAGCUCCGGACCGGGAAGGUUUUGAGACAAGGAAAAUAAUAUCGGGCAGCUUAAAUAACUUGACUACACUUAUCAAGGCUCAGUCUGAAACUUCCAUCAACACUUCCAGCACUGCAACUCUCACCAAUCACUCGGGGCAUUCUAGACGAUCUCGUUCCCUCGAGUGUGUCUCCGGUCUAGCCAUGUGGCAGAGCAAAGAAGAUAUUGUAGAGUUACUAAAAGUGGAUCAGGGUCUGGGUUUCUCCAUUCUUGAUUAUCAAGACCCUGUCGACCCUAGGGGUACUGUGAUAGUGGUGCGAAGCUUGGUGCCUGGUGGUGUUGCUGAGAAAAACGGACAGAUUGCGCCUGGCGACAGGGUGAUGUCCGUUAAUGGAAUUAGUAUAAGAAACGCAACAUUAGACCAAGCAGUCCAAGCAUUGAAAGGUGCUCCAAGAGGGGUGGUAAAGGUGGGUAUAGCCCGGCCUUUGGCACCUCAAGAUCCCAACUCCAAAUCCAAGAGCACGACAACUCUGAACAAGCCAAGUUAAACCUAACUUGCGUGAUGAUACCUGUGCUAGUCAAAAUUACAAGUCAUAUCUUUACGCUUACUGUACUGAGCUUAGGGUGAACAUAUCGAGCGUGACACGGCGUUAGAUAUGUGUCAAGCCUGAGGUGCUGGCUAUAAGCUACUUUUAU